AGGCUAAGGCCAUUUAACGAAAUAAUAUGAUCUGAAAAGUUCUUGGAUUAAUGUAAACUAAAAAUGACACAAAGAAAGCAAGCUUAUACUGCAUGUCAUUUAUGUGAACUCACUUAUACAACUGAAGUGGAAUUAGAAGAACAUAUAUUUUCCCUCUUGCAUCACCGUUCCCUGGCCACCAAGUUUGGGUCGGAUUAUAAUCACAUAUGCAAUAUCUGUUCUGAAAACUACAAAGGUUUGUCUGCUUAUGUCGCUCAUUUGCAAAGCGAGUCCCAUAUAAAUCAACGUACUGAGCGGACAAAAUUGUUGGGAUUAGACAAACAGUACGUUCCUCGAAAUUUGCAUAAAUUUGCAUCAACAUUUCUGUGCAAACCAUUAAGAAAAAGAGAAAAACCAAAAGCACGGAAAAGAAAUAUCGAUUCUCCCAUCAGACCAUUAACAAAACAACUUUCUAAAACUACAGAAAGAGCAUGGCGGAAUCCACCCAAUGAGUAUUUUAAUCCAACAUGGCACCCACAACCUUUUCCAGAUAGCUCUUUUAGCAGAAGAGUUUUUGAAACAUUUCAUCCAAGGCAGGGAAGGCCCCCUUUUCCACCAAAACGAAGGUGUCCGGAUCCUGAACAGUUCUAUCAUGAAGAAUAUAUCAUGCAUCCCAAUGCCAGGUUUUACAUGCAUGAGAGUGACAUGUAUCCCCCUCCUAACAACCAUAAAGUUACACCACCAUUUUUCCGACAACCACCUUCUUACAUGAAGAACCAGUUCAAAUGGAGUAAACCUGUUUCUAACGUCAACAAAACUAAAUCUGCUGAAAAUGUUCCUGCAAGGCCAGAGACUAAUCCCAAACCCAAAACCAUAAAAGCCACAGAAAAACAAAUAAAGAUUGCCACAAAAAAAACUGGUGUCUGUUUGGAUAAAAAUGUUUCUAGUCCACCUGAACAGCCGUUAAACCAAGAUGAUAAAACACUGAAGAAAUGUGAAGCUUCAAUCAUAAAAUUGGAUGGUGCUUUAAGACCAAACAUAGUUGUGGAGGUUAACAGUUCAGUUGAAAAAUGUAAAUCGAGUACUGGCUCCAUAAACACAGCUAAUUCAUCGUCGUUUCAAUUGAAAAAGAAACCACAGCUGAAGUGUAAGCUGAAACAGGUAAAAGCUUCGAUUUUAAAAAAACGUUUUUUAAGUGGGUCAUCAAAAAUACCAAAAUUGUCCAAAAAAUUUACCCCACAAAGUAAUUCACCUACCUCAAGUAAUGUCCACAUGGAAUCAGAUGCCAAUGUGGCAAGUUCGACAUCAAAAAAGGUUAUAAAGCCAAAUGUCAAAAUAGCAAGGAGUCGGCUUAUUUCAAAUGCUGACAAAAGCUCAAGUGACGAAGGUGAGAAAAUGCGGAGAAAUAUUACGUUCGCUAAACUUUUUAAUAAUCGGAAACAUUCAUCUAAGAAUAUGAUUAUGUGUGGUGCUAGGGAUACUAUUUGUUCCCCUAGUUCAAGAAAACUUACUGGUCCACGAUUUGGCAUUGGCCUUGCACAGCCGGCUCCAAAUCCUGUAAAUUCAGUGAUUAUGUCCGAGUUAAAAGACGUAGAUGUUUCAACCGAUGAUGAGUUGUCAGCUGCACUUUCACUGCAUUUUUCUGAUGAAGAUUCCUUUAGUUAUGAACAAGCAAGUGCCUCAGCUAACUCAUGCACUAAUGAUAAUAUGUCUGAAAAGAAUGUGCAAGUUGAGACUACAACUUUAAAAGAUAAAACGACCAUUAAUAAAAUGUUAGUAAGUGGCUCUCAACCUACAGCCCACAUUAUACCUGUUCAAAGUUCAGUUGUGGGGAAAAACCAUGACACCGGUAAAACGGAAACACUAAAACCAAAAACAACCACUCCAAUUAGUGUAAUACACCAAAAAACUGUGACAGAAGUUCCCCAAACUUUCCUGAACAAAGUAAAGAGUGAGCCAAUAGAAAACAAUUCAUCAAAUUCAGAGAAUGUACCUGGUAAACCAACUGAAUCCAGUAAAUUACAUAAUGUAGUAAAUAAAACUUGUACGAUAAAUUUAAUUCCAAUAAAAGUAGAAGAAGAAGAAACAUUAGACUCGCAUGAUUACGAUGCAAAGCAGAAGCAAAUUUCUCACUCCACUUCAGUUAAUAAAACAUCAAAUCCAGUUGUUCAAUGUCAAGGAACACCUCCACCACUGAGCGAUCAAUCAACUUGUUAUGACUCUGGAAGCAAGUCUGGAUCAUCUAAUUUUGAAAUUGACUCUUGCCUUAUUAAUAUGGAGGAAGAAAACCUGGAAGAUUUGUUUGAAAAAAUGGCAAAGGACUCGGAACGCAAUAGUGGUAUUAGUCAGUCUGAAUCUGAAGCCACGCAAGUUGAUGGUAGUGUGACUAGGGUCAGUUUGAAUGGUAGUUUGACACAGUCGAACCAAGUUACAACUCCAAAUCAAGCAGCAUCAUGCAGCCAAACAAUGCUUCUUCUUUCACAAAUUUCAAACGCACAGAACGAUCUGGAUCUGAUCAAGAGUGAGAGCAUGCACAUCACUGCUCUUAUCACUCAAUACAACAUAAGACAGAGCUUCCUGAAACAAAGAGAAUCUUUGUUAAAAACCAACAUAAAGAACAUGCAAAUGUCUCUUGAAAACUUGCAAAAUCAAAGAUCUGAAAGUAACAACAAUCAAAUCAAUACUACUAAUUCACAGAAUCCUGUUGAAAGUUCGAAUCUACCUGACAUAGUAUCCAACACAGACACCGUGGGAAUAAGCUCAAAGCAAACUAGUCUCACCGAAGUUUCAGUAAGAGUAAAAUCGGAACCUGUUACAAACACUGAUGUUGGAUUUUAUAGAUCUCAACCCCCUGACCCACAUGCGGCAGCUAAUGUUCAAGCUGACUUAUGCAACAAGUCUCGUUUACCAUUAAGAAGACGCACCUUAUCAAAUACAAUCUGUGCUACUGCGUUUAAAAAUCCUGUCCGAAAGACAGUUUUGCAAACAACAUUAAACAAUUCUUUACUGCAUGAUAAUGGUAAAACUUCUUGUGUUGAAAUGUCUUUGGCUGAGUUACAUUAUUCUUCUAAGGCCUUACAUUCCCACCAUUCUUCUGCUAUUGUGUCUUUGUUUGUAACUAAUAAUAAUGAAAUUAUUUCGUGCUCAAAAGAUAAAACAGUCAUUGUUACUGAUGCUUUAUCUGAAAAAGUUUUUGGUAAACAUAAGCUUGAUAAAAUUCCCACCAAGUCUUUUAUAGCUCUAGAGUCGCAAUGUGCUGCUACCAAUUGUUAUGUGUACUGCAUGCUUUUAGUUUAUACUGAAUUGGAUAACCUUAGUCCUGUAAGGUUGAAAUCUAAUGUUCAACAAGUUAAAAUAACUAUUUGCAACCAAAAUGUUAAUUUCGCAACAACAAAUUUUGUUCAUUAUGAUAACGCAAUAUUGUGUGUACAUUAUUCCAAACCUACUGCAUAUAUUGGCACAAGAGAUGGUAGAGUACUUAUGUACAACUGCACUAAUCUCAAGGUGGAUGAAGUGUUUGAUUGUCAUUCCCCACACUCUGUAACUGCUCUAACCAGUGGCACCGAUGGGGCACGGCGUGUUCUUUGCUGUGGAACCAGCAACUGUCAGGUGUCAAUCAGAGACGCAGAUGAUGGAUUGCUGCUUCGUCUUUUCACAGGCCACUCAAAAACAAUCAACUGUUUAAACUUGGUGCUAGAUUUACUAUACAGUGGAUCUACAGACCGAACUAUUCUUGUUCACAGUAUCAGUAGUGGUACACUCAUGCACAGAAUUUCUGGUUUUCACAAUGGAAGUGUCAGAUCACUCUGUGUUUAUAAAAACUCGGUUGCAUCAAUCUGCUCAGAUAAGAACUUCCGUGUAUUCACAGACACUCCUUAUUUUUUAGCUGGGUCACCAAAACAGUUUGAAAACAACCCUGUUGAAAUGUAUCUUCACUCUGUAACAUUAAAAGACAACACAAUUAAAAGUACUACUAUACCUCUUGCCUACAUUGGGUUUGAAAAUGGGAUCAUUCAAACCAUUUUGCUUUCACAACUUACUAAGCAUCCAGAAUGCAUUGAUUUUUCAAUACUGGAAAAUGAAAAUUCAACAGUUGAUAUGAUUUAUUCACAGUCUGUCAGUCAUGAAAGAACAUUUCUACUCUGUCCAUGCAACCAAUGCUUUCCUAGAAAAGUUGGAAUGCUGUUGUUUGUGGCAGGAUUGUACUCAUUAUUUUACAAAAGAUGUUGAUACAGUUGAAGAUGUUCAAUUGCAUUUAACUAAUCAUUUUGAACAUUCAAUUUCGAAUAACAAAUUGACCAUUGAUUUAACGGAAUAGUUUUCCGUUUUUUUUUCAUUUUGUAACAAUACUUUAGUUAGAUGCUCUUACCAAAAUGUUUUGUUGUCAUUUUUUAUAACUUUACGACUUGGAUUAUUAUGUCUCAUUUAUUAUGGUGCGUAUAUUUUACAAUGCUACAAACCUGCCAAACUAAAACUGUUAGUUUUUCAUUUAUUUGUGUAAUUGUGUAUGAGUUUUUUUCAUUACCCUACUUUGUUAUUUUUUAAACGUAUACUUCGCAAAUUAUUAUUUUCUCUAACUUGUUUGGUGUGCAACCUUAUUCAAGCCUUUUCUUUUAUAGAACAGAACUAUAUGAAUACAUAGGAUUUCUAUAACAUAUAUGUCAUUAUGUCAUCUACUGCUAGAAUGGCAUUUGGAGGUUCCAUUAUCUUUACAACCUCUAUGAUUGCAUAUGUUCAUUGGAACCAACAGGCAUCUCAAGAGCAAAUGAGAGAAGGAGUAAGAAGAGACUUUGCCCGGAUUGAAGAAAAAGAAAGAAAAAAGGCUGAGAACCUAAAACGAUUAGAAGAAGAACAACGUUUAACUAAAGCACUUUAUGAACAGAGAGAACGGAAUUUAAAAUCCUGAGUUUAUUUGCUCCAACACAAGAUUGGUUAUCCAUGGAUUGAUGGAUUUAUGGUUAAUUCUCCCAUUUUCUUUUUUGAAUGGAAUCAAGCAUUUUGAGUUUGGGCAAAGAUCAUUUCUACAAACUUACUGAUGUACUAAUCUUGUAAUUUAUUUGUUAAGCCCUUUUAUAUUAAAUUCUACAGAUCAAUGGAUUUUUAGGUAAAAUUCUAAUGAAGAAGUAAAUAGAAAUAAUUCUG